AUGACUACCAACGCCUCAAAUGUCGUAUUUGACGACAUAUUCACGAUAAACGCCAUUGACAAGGAGGGCAAAAAAUUUGACCGAGUUUCCCGACUUUAUGCGCAUUCAAAAAACUACGACAUGGACCUCACGUUGGAUUACAACGUCGAGCUAUAUCCUAUGCAAAAUGGCCAGGAGUUUGCGCUCGCACUGGCAUCCUCUCUAGCGAAAGGCCCACCAGGGGCAAACACAGAAGAAGAGGAGAAGGAUUCAGAUGUGUGGCGGCCAGACGGUAAGGGGAGACGGGGCUUGGAGGAGGACUACGAAUACGUUAUGUAUGGAAAGGUCUAUAGGUUUGACGGCGGAACGGCCGAGAUUGUCACGGCGUACGCGUCCUUUGGCGGUCUGCUUAUGUCUUUGACCGGGUCGUUCAGGCAUAUGACUAGCAUUGUCCUUGGAGACCCAUUAUAUAUCCUUCUGCGCAAGUAA